UACUGGGACACAAAUUACACAAACUUCUUAUUUUUGUACUUUUCCAAUUGAAUAAAGUGAUAUUAAAUGCUUACAAAAUGAAAAUUGAGAUACAUAAAUAGCAAGUUUGUGUAAUUUGUAUCCUAGUAGUUUGUGAUUCUAGCAUUACUCUCUAUACAAUGACAAAGGGAAAAAAAUGAAUAGUACAUUUUUCCCGCCCAAACAUGACAGGGUGUGGAUUGGCGAUGGGCAAAGUCCCAAUAGCAAUGGGCAUAGCAAGGGUGACUUUAUUGGAAAAAACAAAGCUUGCGGAUGUUGAGAGGGACCAUACUGCAGUUGCCAUUCACGCCCGAGCCGUUCGUGUCUAUGAAACUGCUCCGUUUGAUAGAACUGGAGAAUCGAUGGAGGUCGUCUACCACGACGAUUAGUAUAUUACAGGGUAUGAGAUUCAUUGUCAACCCAAGAAACCUUACAAUGAGCACAAUAAAGUGAGACUAUUGAG